AUGAAAAAAUUAAUACUUGUAUUAGGUGGUUCUACUUUUAUGGGUAAAGAAUUACUGCAGGAUUUAUCUUAAAAUGAGUCAUAUGAAGUUCAUUAUAUAAAUAGAGGAAAGAAUUAUUGGAAUAACUCAGUUAAUCAGAUUACAAAUGUGUAUUAUACCUAUGGAAAUCGAGAAGAUGCGAAUGAUUUCACCACUUUGAUUAGGUAUCUAUCCAAGAAACUGAAUGUGGGAGUCAAUGGGAGAUGUUGGGAAGCUGUUAUCGAUUUCUCUGCUUUUUAUAGUAAAUAGGUGAAAUCUGUAUAUGUUGCUUUAAGAGGAUUGUGCAAUUUAUAUAUAUUUAUAUCGACAGACUCAAUUUAUGAUGUUUGCAAAAUCAGAUAGAUUCCAAUUACAGAGGAUUAGGAUUAGAGAAAGGAAUUAUAAGAAUCAUAAAAGAAAAGGGAGAGUUAUGGCCAUGUAAUAAAUAAUAUGAAUAAAUUAAGAAUAAAUUGAAAUGCGAGGAGUUUCUUUAAAAUUAUGUAGUCGAGGGUUCUUUUAGAUAUGUUAUUUUGAGACUGCCAGAUGUUAUAGGACCUUUUGAUGACUCUGGAAGAUUUUUUGCUUUGGUGAAAUGGCUUAAAUAAAAUGAUAAGCAUCCAAUUUAAGUGGUAAGUGUGAUGAAUAAUUUGUUAGGAUUAAGCUGUGCAAUCAGAAUAAAUUAGUCUUGUAUUUAGCACAGAUGUUGUGAAUUGCAUUAAAUAUUUCAUUUAAUAUAUUCCAUAAUAAAAUUAAAUUUAUAAUGUUUGUUUUGAUGAGACAAUUUCAUAUAUUGAAUUAGCUUAGGUGAUUGUAAUACUUUAAUACUAAUUUUAGCUUAAUAAGAUAUCAGAUAAAUAACUGAAUAUUAAACAUGUAGUAGAGGCUAGCAAAUUCUAUCCUUCAGUUGAUUGUGGAAUCAUCAGUAAUAAGAAAAUCAAAGAAUUGGGUAUUCAAUUCACUCCUUUGAUGACGGCAUUGGAGAAAACCAUCGACUUUUUUGUGAAGGAAGCUCACAAUUACGACGCUGAAAACAAGGCCGCUUUGGAAAAGCUUAAUAGGAAAUUAAAUGCUUGAGUAUGUAAUGG